AUGAGUACGAAUUGUGAAGAAAAAAACUUAGAUUCCAAAGUGGCAGACAAACAAAAUCUACAAUCAUCAAAUGUUAGAUUUGACCUUGACGAACCACAGCUUACUGAUGAUUUUGAUAGAAUGGAUGAAGUCGAUGAAUUACUUGAUUUUUCAACUGGAUCAAAACUUUCGUCAUAUUCUCCAACCGUAUCAACAACUAAUAAUAUAAAAGAUAAUUCAAGAACAAAAGUAGAAACAUCACUGAACAAUGAUAUGCAUGGUGAAAAUAAAUCAACAUUAAGCCAUUAUUCACGAAAUAUGUCUGGCAUAUUUUUUGGAUCAUCAGCGUCUUUGAGGCCAGUAACUACAGUAUCAACACCUAAAGCACUGUGUGAUUCUCUAGGUGGAAAUCGUGUGAUAAACAAAAUUCUUAUAGCAAAUAAUGGUAUUGCAGCUGUUAAAUGUAUGCGCUCAAUUCGACGUUGGUCUUAUGAAAUGUUUCGUCAAGAAAAUGCUAUUAAAUUUGUUGCCAUGGUUACACCAGAAGAUAUGAAAGCGAAUGCUGAAUAUAUUCGAUAUGCAGAUCAUUAUGUCAAUAUACAAGGUGGUCCAUCACAUAUGAAUUAUUCAAAUUGUGAACUUAUACUUGAUAUUGCAAAACGCUUUCCUGUAGAAGCUGUUUGGGCCGGAUGGGGUCAUGCAUCAGAAAAUCCUAAACUACCAGACUUACUUCAUCGUAAUGGUAUUGUAUUUAUUGGUCCAUCAGAACAAGCCAUGUGGGCGUUAGGUGAUAAAAUAGCUUCGACUAUCAUUGCUCAAAGUGCUGAUGUACCAACAUUACCCUGGAGUGGAUCUCAUCUUACACUUCCAUACGAACAAGACAAUAGCGACGAUGUAAAUGUUCCAAUGGAUUUAUAUGAACAAGCAUGUGUUACUGAUUCGAAAAAAGGUCUAGAAAUUGCAACUCAAAUUGGUUUUCCUGUAAUGAUUAAAGCUUCAGAAGGUGGUGGUGGUAAAGGAAUACGAAAAGCUACAAGUCGAGAUGAUUUUGAAAAUCUUUUUCGACAAGUUCAAAUGGAAGUACGAGGUUCGCCUAUAUUUUUAAUGAAAUAUGCUGAUAGUUGUCGACAUUUGGAAGUACAAAUUCUUGCUGAUCAAAGUAGACAAGCGAUAUCAUUAUUUGGUCGUGAUUGUUCAAUACAACGACGUCAUCAAAAAAUUAUUGAAGAAGCACCAGCUAUUAUAGCACCGUCUGAAAUUCUUGAACAAAUGGAAAAAGCAGCUGUACGUUUAGCAAAAAUGGUUGGUUAUGUUAGUGCUGGUACAGUGGAAUAUUUAUAUAAUCCAAAUGAUCAAACAUUCUUCUUUCUUGAACUUAAUCCUCGAUUACAAGUUGAACAUCCUUGUACAGAAAUGAUUACUGAUGUUAAUUUACCUGCAUGUCAACUACAGAUUGCUAUGGGUAUAUGUUUGCAUCGAAUAAAAUAUAUACGAUUAUUAUACGGUGAAGAACCAUUUGGUGUAUCAUCAAUUGAUUUUGAAAAGCCUAAAAAUAAACCUAUGCCACAUGGUCAUGCUAUUGCUGCACGUAUUACCAGUGAAAAUCCAGACGAAGGUUUUAAACCAAGUUCAGGAACUGUUGAAGAAUUAAAUUUUCGUAGUCGACAAAAUGUUUGGGGAUAUUUUAGUAUAUCAUCAUCUGGUGGUUUACAUGAAUUUGCUGAUUCUCAAUUUGGACAUGUUUUUUCACACGGCGAUACUCGAGAUGAUGCACGAGAAAAUCUUGUUGUUGCAUUGAAAGAAUUAUCAAUUCGUGGAGAUUUUCAUUCAACUGUGGAAAUGUUAAUACGUUUAUUGGAAACUGAUGCUUUUAUAAAUAAUACAGUUAAAACAAGUUGGCUUGAUACUUUAAUUUCAGAACGUUUUCAAACUGAAAAACCUGAUAUAAUGAUAUCAAUUGUAUGUGGUGCUAUACAUGUUGCAGAUGAACAAUUUCGAACUAAUUUUCAAAAUUUUCAAUCAUCACUUGAACGUGGUCAGAUAUUAUCUAUGAAUACACUUUCGAUUUCAACCUAUGUGGAACUGACAUAUGAACAUAUUAAAUAUAAAUUACAGGUGACAAAAUGUGGUCCAAGUUGUUUUUUUGUUGUUAUGAAUGAUUCGUACGUUGAAGUUGAAGCUAAUCGAAUGAAAGAUGGUGGUAUAUUAAUUAAUUUAGAUGGAACAAGUUAUUUAACAUUUAUGAAAGAAGAUGUUGAUAAUUAUAGAAUUAUUGUUAAUAAUAAAUCAUGUGUUUUUCAAAAGGAAAAUGAUCCAUCUGUAUUAAGAUCACCAUCGGCUGGAAAACUUCUUCAUUAUACCAUAGAAGAUGGUGGUCCUAUUGAAGCAGGUCAAGUUUACGCAGAAAUCGAAGUUAUGAAAAUGGUUACUGAAAUUCGAUGCCCAUCGAAAGGACAUCUUCAAUGGAAUAAACGUCCCGGUGCUAUUCUUGAAGCUUUAUGUGUUCUUGCACAUAUCAUAUUUGAUGAUUCUCAUCAAAUUCCACAAUCAACAUUAUAUGAUGGUAAAUUUCAUUUUGAAAUAGUAAAUCGUUCAACAAGUACAAAAGUAAAUCAAAUAUUUCAAACAACAAAACAAACAUUAGAAAAUAUUCUUCAUGGUUAUACAUAUCCAAAACCAUAUUUUCGUGAAAGACUUAAAUUAACCGUUGAAAAAUUAUUUUCAAUUUUACGUGAUCCAUCAUUACCAUUACUUGAAGUUGAAGAUAUUUUAUCAAAUAUAUCUGAACGUAUGCCACAAGAAGUUAAAAAAGAAAUAAAAAAAUUAUUAAAAAAUUAUCAAAGUAAUUUAACAUCUGUCUUAAUACAAUUCCCAUCACAAUCUAUAGCAACAUUUAUUGAUAAUUAUGCUGCAAAAUUAGAACAUCGUACUGAUAGAGAUGUAUUUUUUACAACUGUACAAAGUCUUGUACAUUUAGUAAAACGUUAUCGUAAUGGUAUAAAAGGUCAUAUGAAAACAGUUAUAACAGAUUUAAUAAGAAAUUAUUUAAAUAUUGAAACAUUAUUUCAAUUUGGACAAUAUGAUAAAUGUUUAACACAAUUACGUGAUAAACAUAAAAUUGAUAUGCAUAAAGUUGUUGAAAUUGUUUUUUCACAUGCAAAUUAUAAUUCAAAAAAUGCACUUGUUAUUAUGUUAAUUGAUUUAUUAUUUGAACGUGAUCCAAGAUUAACUGAUGAAUUAACAGCAUUAUUAAGUGAAUUAACAUUAUUAACACAUACAAGUAAUGCAAAAGUUGCAUUAAAAGCAAGACAAGUAUUAAUUGAAUUUCAACAACCACCCUAUGAAUUAAGACUUAAUCAAAUGGAAUCAAUAUUUUUAAGUGCUCUUGAUAUGUAUGGUCAUAAAUUUUGUCAAGAAAAUUUACAAAAAUUAAUUCUAUCGGAAACGAGUAUUUUUGAUGUUUUACAUAGUUUUUAUUUUCAUCCAAAUAUACAAGUGCGUCAAUCAGCACUUGAAGUUUAUGUUCGACGUUCUUAUAUAUCAUAUGAUAUCAUUAGUGUUCAACAUGGCUUUCUUUCAGAUGGUACAUGUACUGUUCAAUUUUCUUUAUAUUUACCACUAAAUCAUCCAAAUAGACUGUAUAUACAAGAAAAUACAGUUCGAAAUGGUAGUUUUACUGAUGAUAUGCUUUUAAUGGAUGAUGAAGAUCCACAAUUAUUUCGACGGACGGGUAUUAUAGCUGCAUUCGAUAGUUUAGAAAGAGCAAAAAAUUAUUUUGAUGAAUUGUUAUUGCCAUUUUCAUCAAUACUAUCCAAUACUCGUUCUUCAACUAGUCGUAAACUACCAUAUAUACAUAACCGACAAGCUUCAUAUGAUAGUUCAUCUAUUGAUAAACCUACUAUACAAUUUGAUCAAGCAACUAAUCUCAUCUAUGCAUUUAUUAAAGAUGAUGUUAAUCUUCAACAAAAUUUCAAACUUGAAGAUGUAUUUCUUGAAUUUGUUCAAUCAAAAAAUCAAGUUUGUGCUGCAAAAAAUAUUCGUCGAAUUACAUUUUCACUUGCUGCAAAACGUCAAUUUCCAGCUUAUUUCACUUAUCGAAAACGAUUAGAUUUUGAAGAAGAUAAAAUUUUUCGACAUCUUGAACCUGCACUAGCAUAUCAACUUGAACUUUAUCGUUUACGUUCAUUUGAUAUAGAAUUUGUUCCAACAUCAAAUCAUAAAGUACAUAUUUAUUUAGGCAAAGGAAAAGUUCAUAAUAAACAAAAUGAUACUGCAGAUUAUCGUUUAUUUGCACGUUCAAUUAUUCGUCAUUCUGAUUUAAUUACAAAAGAAGCAAGUUAUGAAUAUUUACAAAAUGAAGCUGAACGUACAUUACUUGAAGCUAUGGAUGAGUUAGAAUUAGCAUUUUCACAUCCAUUAGCAAAGAAAACUGAUUGUAAUCAUGUAUUUAUGUGUUUUGUACCAACGGUUUGUAUUGAACCAAAUAAAGUUGAAGAAAGUAUUCGUGAAAUGGUACUUCGCUAUGGUCUUCGUUUAUGGAAACUUCGUAUUCUUCAAGCUGAAUUGAAAAUGACAUUAAGAGUAACACCAGAUUCUGAACCAAUGCCAUUUCGAGCAUUUAUGACAUAUGAAAGUGGUUAUCAUCUUGAUAUAUCAUUAUAUCGUGAAGUAACAAAUCAAGCAACAGGACAAGCUGUAUUUCAAACAUAUAAUAUUGGUAAACCAGGUCCAUUUGAAGGUCGAGCAUUACAUGAACCAUAUUUGACUAAAGAUCAAUUGCAAUAUAAACGUUUUACAGCUCAAUCAAAUAGUACAACUUAUGUUUAUGAUUUACCUGAAAUGUUUCGACGUGCUUUACUUGUAUCAUGGAAACAAUAUAUAGAUUUAAAUAAGUUUAAAGAUCAAUCAAUGCCAAAAGAUAAUUUUCUUUGUCAAGAACUUAUACUUGAUAAUACAAAUCAAGUAAAUCUCAAGAAUUCAUCAUCUCCUAUUUCACCAAGAUCUAUUCCAUCAAAAAAUAUAUUUUCGACUUCAUCAAAUUCAAUAUCAACAUCUGAUAUAAAUGAUAUUAAUAAUAAACUUCAACAAUGUGGUCUUUUAACACGUACACGUUCACCAGCUGAAAAUGAUUGUGGUGUUAUUGCAUGGCGUAUUCGUAUGAAAACACCGGAAUGUCCAAAUGGUCGAACAAUAAUUGUUAUUGCUAAUGAUAUAACAUAUAAAAUAGGUUCAUUUGGUAUCGAAGAAGAUUUAUUAUUUCAACGUGCAUCAGAAUUAUCACGUUUAGAACGCGUACCACGUAUUUAUAUAUCGGCAAAUAGUGGUGCACGUAUUGGUCUUGCUGAAGAACUUAAAUUUCUGUUUCAUAUUGCAUGGAACGAUCCGCAAGAUAUUGAAAAAGGCAUACGUUAUUUAUAUUUAACACCAGAUGAUUAUUCACGUGUAUCAAAUAUGAAUUGUGUACGAACAGACGUAAUAAAUGAUGAUGGAGAAUUACGAUAUAAAAUUAUUGAUAUUAUUGGAAAAGAAAAUAGUUUAGGCGUAGAAAAUUUACGUGGAUCAGGAAUGAUUGCUGGUGAGACAUCACUGGCAUAUAAUGUUAUUCCAACAAUUAGUUUAGUAACAUGUCGAGCUGUUGGUAUAGGUGCUUAUCUUGUUCGACUUGGUUCUCGUGUAAUACAAGUUGAAAAUUCUCAUAUUAUAUUAACUGGCGCUGGUGCACUUAAUAAAGUUCUUGGUCGUGAAGUUUAUAAUAGUAAUAAUCAAUUAGGUGGCACACAAAUUAUGUUUAAUAAUGGUAUAACACAUGAUGUUGUUAAAGAUGAUUUUGAUGGAUGUUUGCUUAUACUUCGAUGGCUUUCUUAUAUGCCAGAAACAAUGUUACAUUUGCCACCAGUAUUACCUGAAUUAUAUGAUCCUAUUGAUCGUACAAUUGAUUUUAUUCCAACAUCAACACCAUAUGAUCCAAGACAUAUGAUACACGGACGACAACUUGCAUUAACACAACAAUCUAUAAAUCAUAUUGAUACAGGAAUAUCAAUGACAGCAUCAUUUCAAUCAGGAUUUUUUGAUCGAGAUUCAUUUGUUGAAAUAAUGAAAGGUUGGGCUAAAACUGUUGUGUGUGGUCGAGCCCGUCUUGGUGGAAUUCCCAUGGGUGUUAUUGCUGUUGAAACACGUACAGUUGAAUUAGAACAACCAGCUGAUCCAGCUAAUUUUGAUUCUGAUGCUCGUACUAUUCAACAAGCUGGUCAAGUAUGGUUUCCUGAUUCAGCAUUUAAAACCGCACAAGCAAUUAAUGAUUUUAAACGUGAAAAUUUGCCAUUAAUGAUAUUUGCUAAUUGGCGUGGCUUUAGUGGUGGAAUGAAAGAUAUGUUUGAUCAGAUUAUGAAAUUUGGUGCUUAUAUUGUUGAUGCACUACGAGAAUAUGAACAACCUGUAUUUAGUUAUAUACCACCUUUUGGUGAAUUACGUGGUGGUGCUUGGGUUGUUAUUGAUCCAACAAUUAAUUUACGUUACAUGGAAAUGUAUGCUGAUCGAAUGAGUCGUGGUGGUGUACUUGAACCCGAAGGUACAGUUGAAAUAAAAUAUCGUAUGAAAGAUUUAAUACGUACAAUUCAUCGACUUGAUCCUAUUUCUCGAGAAUUAAUUGCCGAGAUAGCUUUAUGUACAACAGGAACAACAAAUAAUAUAAAAGAAGAUAUCGAAAGACAAUUAGUUGAACGAGAAAAAAUUUUAUUACCUGUUUAUCAACAAGCUGCUGUGAUGUUUUGUGAUUUACAUGAUACACCAGGUCGAAUGUUAGAAAAAGGUGUUAUUCGAGAAAUAUUGGAUUGGCGAACAAGUCGUGAAUUUUUUUAUUGGCGAUUAAAACGUCGUUUAGGUGAAAAUAAUGUUAUAAAAACAAUUCUUGCUCUUGAAUCUUCCACUGAUUAUCAAUCAGCUUCUAAUUAUCUUGAACAAUGGUUUAAUGAAGAUAAAAAUAAUGAUACUUCACAAUGGACAAAAGAUAAAAUUGUUGCUGAAUGGCUUGAACAAUUUCAAACAUCAUCAUCAAUAAAUGAUCGUAUAAAAUCUUUACAAAAACAAAAUGCUCGUCAAAAUAUUCAUCGAUUACUUCAAACAUAUCCUGAUCUUUUAUCGGAUAUAUUAGUAAAUACAACUGAUGAACAGCGUUCUGAAUUAAACCGAAUUUUGAACAGUAAAAAAAUAACAAAGUGA